AUGGUUCACAGGGACCCCUUGUACAACAGAAUGGUUCACAGGGACACCAUCUACAAUAGAGUAAUUCACAGGGACCCCGUGUAUGACGGAAUGGUUCACAGGGACCCCGUGCACAACAGAGUGGUUCACAGGGACCCCGUGUAUGACAGAGUGGUUCACAGGGACCCCGUGUAUGACAGAGUGGUUCACAGGGACCCUGUGUAUGACAGAGUGGUUCACAGGGACCCCUUGUAUGACAAAAUGGUUCACAGGGACCCCGUGUAUGACAAAAUGGUUCACAGGGACCCCGUGUAUGACAGAAUGGUUCACAGGGACCCCGUGUAUGACAGAAUGGUUCACAGGGACCCCGUGUAUGACAGACUGGUUCACAGGGACCCUGUGUAUGACAGACUGGUUCACAGGGACCCCGUGCAUGACAGAAUGGUUCACAGGGACCCCGUGUAUGACAAAAUGGUUCACAGGGACCCCGUGUAUGACAGAAUGGUUCACAGGGACCCCGUGUAUGACUGA